AUGAUCUCGUCACCACAACUAACAAUCACCCCAGGCCCAUUCGCAGGCCUCCUCCUAGCCGACUACGGUGCUUCAGUCCUCCGUAUAGACCGACCCAGAUCCAUAAGCGGCGACCAACUGACUCGCAACAAAACCUCCAUAACCCUCGACCUACGCGACCAAACCUCCCUAAGCAUCCUCUUACGUCUCCUCACAACAGCCGACGUUCUAAUCGACCCUUUUCGCCCAGGCGUGCUCGAACGCCUCGGCCUCUCCCCAACAGAAGUUCUCCUAAAGCACAACCCGCGCUUAAUCAUCGCCCGCAUGACUGGCUUCCGCCGCGACGGAAAAUACAAAGAUAUGGCCGGCCACGACAUAAACUACAUCGCCGUCUCAGGCGUGCUGUCGAUGCUCGGCCGUGCAGCAGAAAAGCCCCACGCUCCAGCCAACAUCCUCGGGGACUUUGCUGGUGGCGGCGCUGUAUGUUUCCAGGGAAUCCUGCUAGCGCUUAUAUCCCGCUCCCAUACUGGUCAUGGCCAGGUCGUUGAAGCUAACAUGGUCGAUGGCUCCGCAUAUCUUGCUACGUUCCCGCGACUUGGGAGGAAUACUCCUGCGUGGGCGAAGCCACGUGGCGAGAAUCUGCUUGAUGGGGGAUGCCCGUAUUACGAUACGUACGAGACUAAGGAUGCCGGGCGGUAUUAUGCGGUCGGGGCUCUAGAGCCGCAGUUUUAUGCAGCGUUGGUGCGUGGGUUGGGAUUUGACAUUAAGGAUCUUCCGAAGAGGGAGGAUCGGACGCAGUGGCCAGCGUUGAGGGAGAUCUUUACGAGGAGGUUUAAGCAGAAGACGCGUGUGGAGUGGGAGGCUAUUUUUGAUGGCACGGAUGCUUGUGCUACGCCUGUUUUGGAGCAGGCGGAGCUUGAGGAGGAUGGGUAUGAGCAGCGGCCUAUGGUGCAUUUGGUUAGUACUCCCGCGGCGCCGAUUCCGGCGGAUAAGGGUGGAUGGUCGGGUGGCGGGCUUUUGCCUGGGGAUGGGGGUGUUGAUACGCUUAGUGAGUGGGUUGGAUGGGACCAAGGUAAGGAUUUCGAGAUUAGGGGGGAUGGGGCGUUUGUGGUGGUGGAUGGGAAGUCAAAGAUUUGA